CAUUACCUGCAAAGGGCUGCCGCCGACCUGGGCGAAGGGCCUGACCGCGUGAGUUGAGAGGUAUGGCGUCGAGAGAUGCAGCCGGCUGGCCGCUCGGAAGAGCUUAUUUUAGGGCCAUCUUGUGGGAUCUCAAGGCCUGCAUCACUGAGCCCGCUAGAAUUAUGUAUUACUGCACUCGAGAUAUUGUCGGACGACUUAUUUUUCAUAUAGAAACGGCAAGGGGAAAAGAAACCGUCCCUGCUGCCGUCAAGGGAACGGGAACGGCUCAGCAAGAAUCUUCUGCUCUUGAUGAAGACCAAGACUACAACCAGCAAGAUGACGACGAUGACGACGACAGUGGCAGCAGUGGCAUCGACUGGGAUGCCGAAGCCGCAAGCAUCGGCAGUGGUCUCGGUGACAUCGACUAUUCUCUGGACCUGAGGGAUGAAGCUACAGACCGCCUACGGAAUCAAAGAAUUUCCUAUUCUGGAGACAACAUGAACAUACAGCUAUCUUACACCGCUUCUCGGUACCUUGUGGAACUGUUGGCUGUCUCUCCACGCUCCUACUUCGUGGGGGAUUUAUGUGCCUCUGACUCUAAUCACCGUUCGUUAUACUACUGCUCCCCCAAAAGAGGAGAAUUUAAACGCAACCUGGAUUCACAGGGUAAUCUGAUACUCCACGCAGAUGGUGUGGCCCUUGAGGAUGACUUCUACAUGGAAAUAAAUAUCCCAGAGGAUAAGGACUCUGGAGAGUUAGAGGACGUUGGAAUGUUCAUGUUCUCGGUGGACGCCCAUGACUGCAACCGUGUCAUCACACAAACCCUGUCAACUGCACGUGGACGUCUAAUGGUUUUGACUUUUAUUCCGAUGCACACCGCUAUACAGGUGAAUGUGCAAGUAACCCUUGAUCUCGUAUCUGCAAGCGGCAGUACCUGCUAUGUUGAUGGCGAAAUCUCAGCGCACCACGAAUUCUACAAUAAAGAGAGAGUCGUGCUCUUUUCUAGUAGGGAAGAGGACAAGGCAGAGGUUGUUGAUGGCAAACUUCCACUGUCACGAACCUGGGCAGCUGUUCCAAUUUCCUUGGAGCCGCUUUUGAUAAUCAAGUUGAACCUGCGUGUUCUAAUCAAUCGUAAUGAGGAUGGUGAGGGCUAUACCAUACCUUUCCGAGGUGAUCUAACCUUCUUCCGUGCUCAGCAUGAAAAGACAAUCUGUUGUGCCGACCAUGGUCAACUUAAAGUGCAGCUUAAUUACUAUUGA